GUCAAAUGUCCAUGUCAUGCAAUGGCAUGGCAAAUUGUCAAAACAAUUUUCUGAUUUUCUUGUUACUUGUUUGUCGUUUUCCGCACUACUCCCUUUUCAUCAGUCAAAAUCGUAUGUUAAUGCGGAGUAGUGAAAAUGUCUGCAGCCAGCAAAAAGAUUGAAGAGGGUUUAGAGCACAUCAGAAAUGCAGAAAAAAGCUUGAAGACUUCUUUGCUCAAGUGGCGACCUGAUUACGAAAAUGCUGCUGAUGAAUACAACAAAGCAGCAACCUGUUUUCGAAAUGCAAAGUCAUAUGAACAGUGUAAGGACUGCCUCCUGAAAGCUGUAGAAUGUUUCAAGUACAACAAAACUCUUUUCUAUGCUGCAAAAGCAUUGGAUCAAGCUGUGUUGGUCAGCAAGGAGAUGGGUGAUCUGAGGGAAGUUGCACAGCUUGCAGAAAGAGCUGCAAAUAUGUUUCAGACACAGGGUAGUGCUGAAUCAGCUGCAGCUUCAUUAGAUAAAGCUGCCAAGGUCUUAGAACAACAGAACCCUGCUGAAGCACUCAGGCUGUACCAACAUGCUGCUGAGAUAUCUAUGAUCCAGGACAGUACCCGGCAGGCAGCAGAAUACACCAGCAAGGUUGCAAGGUUGCAUGUCAAGCUGCAACAGUACGAUCUGGCUGCAGAUGCUAUAAGAAGAGAACUGGGCCUGCACCAGCAGAAUGAAUCUUAUCAAGCAACUGGCCGACUCACAGUAGCUUUAGUGUUGGUACAAUUGGCUAGGGGAGAUAUGGUUGCAGCUGAAAAGGCAUUCAAAGAAUGGGGUAACUACUGUGAGGGUCCAGAAGUGCAAACUCUAGAAGCUCUCUUGCAAGCCUAUGAUGAAGAGGAUCCUGAAGGCGCGAAGAGGGCUUUGAACAGUCCUUUUAUCAAGCACAUGGAUGUGGAGUAUGCAAUUUUAGCGCGGGAUAUGCCGUUGCCAGAGGCAUCUGUUGCUCCGGCACCAAAAAUUACUCCGGGUACCGCGGCCACACCUAAAUAUGAAACUCCAAGAACCGACGAAGAUGAUGAGAUUCCCAUAGCCGCGGGGGACACUGCAAUAUCUCCAACAACUGAAGCUGCAAACGAUGAAGACGAAUAUGCUGGCGAUUUAUGUUGAAAUAAUCAUGAUUAAUAGCGAAUAAUAGGAAGUAAUUUUAGUUCUUCCAGUCAGACAUUCCUAUUUAUUUAACAGUGUGUAUUAUUAUUUGUUGCUUUCAAGUUCUCAUGUAAAAUAUAUGUGAUUAAUAUUUAGCUUCCUUGUUUUUUAUUAGCGAGACUUUUUGUAUUGAUUACUAUAUGUUCAUUAUCAUUUUUGUUUUUGAUCAAUGACGAGGUUUCGCAACAGGAUAGCAUUUUGGUUAUUCCUGAUAUUAUUAUCAUUGAAAUUUUUGCUAAAGGGGUAAGAUAUAGCACUGCAGACUUGUUACUUUUCUCAUUUUUUUUUGUUUGUCAGUUCAAAGACUACAGUAAUAGGCAAAAGUAUAUAGACUAAUUAAUAUUGUGCUGUAUUCCUUUUUUAUCUUGUUUUAUUAAUACACCAACCUUUAUACAUAAUUACAUAAUUCGUUAUAGGAUAAUACUUAUUUAUACGUAAAUAAAUUCAUUAGACUCACAAAAUUAAUUGAAAAAAACUGGAACUAUGAAGGUACAAAAAUAUAUAGUCAAAGCAAAACAGUUAUAGAAAAAAGAAGCAAAGUUCAUUGAAUUAUAGAAAACCAACCAUGAUUGUGUUAAUAUUUUGAAGCAUAACCAUUAUUAUCAAUCACCGCCUGGUAUCGUCUCGGCAUAGAUUGUAGAAGUUUCUUGAUAUGAGAUUCAUCAGUCUGCUCUAAAGCGGCAAAAAGUUCAUUCUUGUUUGAAUAAUUUUUAUCUCGUAUUUGCUUAUCUAAGUAUUCCCAUAGAUUUUCAAUGGGAUUUAUAUCGGGAGACUUUGAAGGCCAUUUGAGAACUGGUAUUUUUUCAUCCAGAAAGAAUUGCUUUGCGAGAUUUGAAGUGUGCUUCAGGUCAUUAUCUUGCUGGAAGAUUGAUCUUAAGGGCAUAUUGUCUUCUAUAUAUGGUAACAUAACAUGCUUUAGUAUGUCUGUGUAUACAAACGUAUCCAUAAUGCUAUCUAUUGUAUGUCAAGAUCCCAUCCCAAACCCCGAAAACCACUCCCAAACCAUAACAGACCCGCGUCCAUGUUUGACAGUGGGCAAAGUGUACUUGGGGUUCAAUCUUUGUCCACUAGGACGUCCAACGUAAUGAACACCAUCUGAUCCAAACAUUGAACUUGGAUUCGUCACUGAAACAUACCCUCUUCCAGUCAUAGAUGCUCCAAUCCAAGAUGCAACCGUGCAAAUUGUAAUCGGUCGUUACGGUUUUUCCUCGAGAUUAGCGGCUUCUUACUCGGGCGACGUGCAUAUAACUUUAAAUCAUUUCAUCUUCCUCUUAUAGUUUUCGUAGAAACACUGACUUCCUAUUGUCUCGAUUUCGGCUUUUAUUUGUCUGGGGGUUUUAGACGGAUCUUUGGACGAAAUUACUUUUAUUAAUCUAACUGAUCUAGCAUUUAGUUUCCUAGUCCCACCACUUCUCUUAAAGGCUUCCAAGAUACCUUUUUUAUAUUUGUUUAAUAUUGCCCAAACUGCUUUAAGCUUCAAAUUUUUGGCAAUGCCGACUUGACGUUGACCAUCUUUAUAUAACUCAGUGAUCUUAGUCUUCACAUCGAGAGAAAUUUCUGGACCACGCGGCAUGGUCUUAAAAUCACUCAACUUAUUCCACAAUACUGGAUGAACACAAACUAAUCCUCUUCCGACAUGAAACUGUACUAAACUAAUGUUGAAAAGAAUUUGUCUACAUAUUUUUGUUCCUCAUAAAAAAGUGAUUAUAUUCAGACUUGUAUUGUGUUCAUUGCAGAUAAUGUAAAAUAACGCAUUUGUUUAUGGAGCAAUGAAGUAUGAAUUCGUUUUCUAAAGGUAUUUAGGUAAAUAUUCAUAUUUGUUUAUAUACUUUUGUCCAUUACUGUAUAUCUAUGUUACAUAAUAUUAAAAAUGGUUCCUCCUUCCUUUAGUGGUGUUUUUAAUUAUUGUUGUGUACGUGGACCACAACUAGAAAACUUCUGUGGGUAGUUACCAGAAAGACUUAACUCAGUCAGUAUGUGCUCCAUGAUAUAAGUCAAGAUUUUAUCGCAAAUUGGGUAUUCAUAAACAAAAGCCAAAACGUUUAUUGUCUAUAACUAAUGUAGGGGAAACAACUACAUCUUAUGACAACUCUACUAGUUUGGGGUGGCAGAAUACCAAGUUCUGAGGAAUUCCGAGAAGACAUCAUACAAAGGGCUCAAUAGAAUGUAAAAUACAGACGCGAAACUAUACUGAAAAUAAUUUUUUUCCUAUCAUGAGUUUGUGCAAGAUUUGGUGAAAUUAAGAACACUGUAAACAAAGAUUGCCAUGCCUAAUAUGCAUCAGAUAAUAUACAUGAACUCGUGAAAACCUCUACCAGAAUCGUUGAAAAUGAUGAUCAUAUAUGACAUACUUUAUUUUGGAAUCGAGAAUUCUGCAUUCUACGUACACAUAUCUGCACUGUACUAACACGGAGGCACUAAAUACAUUAAAUCUUUUUUAGAUCAUAAACCUGAUAAGUUGAAAUAAUCUUCUAAUUGACUUAUCAGGAGAGUGGCAUUAAUGAUUUAUUGUUUAUAUGAAAUAUACCUUUUUCAUUUUCUAAAUUUUAAAGCAUCCAGGAUAUCAUUAAUAAUUAUGCAUUGGUAUGUUAUUUUGUUGCAGUUUUGUAAAAGCAAUUAGUAAUAGAAAAAUAGAACACCAUCUGGGUACACACUUUAAUAAACUAUAUGAUAAAUAUAUUUUAUAAAUUAAUAAGACACGUUUUCUCUAUUAAUAAUGCAAUUAAUAUCCUAAAAUGUAAAUGCCAUUUGCUAGUCAUGAAAGGUUUAACUGAUGAAUGAAGUAACGGAGGUUAUGGUAUCCGAAAUCUAUUUUACUUUUACUAUACAUAGCUUUUAUUAACCACAAGGCAAAAUAUCAAGGCGAGACAGUCUGGACUCUUCUAAAGAUAUUUUUAUGGCUUCUGGGUAGCUUCUUUGUUUAUAUGCUAUUUAAAAAAUCGUCCAUAAUAUUCUGUUAGGAGCAGUUAAAAAGUGACUAACAUAAGUGAACUAGUGGCUUCAGUAGCUCAAUAGCUAUCAAAAAAUUGCAAAAAAUAUUUCUAGCAUAGACUGGAAAGUGGCAUCUCGAAUUUUUGCCGUAUAUUCCAGAGAAUAUUUGUAAUGAUAUUUUAAUGCAUUUGUAUAAGAAGAAUUAUGUGAUCUAUUGUUUUAAUGCUUGUUCCCUUUUUUAUAAUAUAAUGCUGUUGAUAUGUGAUCGAUUAUAUCAUCGAAAUAUACGUAAAUAAAUAUUUGAACAUA